AUGCUGAAAGCUCCUUCAUUCACAGCCGCAUCGCUUCUUCAGGCUAUCGCGUUGCUGGCCUUCAUAUUCCUUCUCACGACAGGACUUGGAGCUUUUCAGUAUGGCAACAACUUCUCGACGAUCAAAUCUACAGUCACUGGGCAUCUCCAUCCCGGUACGACAGGUAGGAACUUAUUCAAUCAAAUCUUCAUCUUACUGACAGUCAAAGGAAAACAUGGUGAAGCAUCGACUGGUGUUCGCUUGGAACAAGCUCCAACCCCAACACCCUCUUCACUAUCUUUGAAAGAAGGUAAUGCCACUCUUCGAGCUCAGGCACCACCUUAUAUUCGCGCGAUUAUGGAACCGUCAGAUCAGACAUUUUCACGCCUAGAGUGCCCGCAGCCGAAUCUCGAGCGUUAUAAUUACUUGAGAGGGUCAUCAGAAUCGUCGGUUCACGCCCAACUUCCCAAGUUCUUCUUUGCCCUCGACUUACAUCAGUGUGUCCAUCUUCUUCCGCGAUUGAUUGGUUCGAUAGUAGAAACCAUACGAUUUCUCGGGCCACAACACUGCGUACUGUCUAUAGUUGAGGGGAGGUCAGAUGACGGUACUUUCGAAGUGCUUGACGAAUUGCGUUCCAGCAUGCAACUCCUGGGGAUCCAAUAUCAACUACAAUCGAGCGACAUCAAUCCAACAGCUCAAGGAGCCGAUCGGAUUGAAGCCCUUGCAGAACUCCGAAACCUGGCCGUGGAAGAUCUCAUUGCUCGUCCGGAGAUAUACCAUAGCGACACGACUGUAAUAUUCCCCAACGACAUUGCACUUUGUAUGGAAGAUUUCUUGGAGAUGAUUCAUCAGCGCAAAUUUCAGGGAGCUGACCAAACAUGUGCCAUGGAUUGGACAUAUGUUGGUGAGAAUCCAACGUUCUAUGAUGUCUGGAUCGCUCGAGGCAUGACCGGUGAUUUGUUCUUCAACAUCCCCGAAGAUGGAAGCUGGGAUUAUGCAUGGAAUCUAUUCUGGAACGACCAAAAGGCACAGACGCGGCUGUCGAGUUCGAAACCUUUCCAAGUAUUCUCAUGCUGGAAUGGCGUGACAGCAUUCACGGCAAAGCCGCUCAUGGAGAAGAAGAUCAAGUUUCGGGCGCACAAAGAGGGCGAGUGCUUCCAAGGAGAGCCGAAGCUGUUUGCUAAAGAUAUGUGGUUCAAUGGAUACGGAAAGAUUGCCGUCGUGCCGAGUGUCAACGUGGAAUACAGCGAUGAGGCGGCGAAAAAGAUCAAGGCACUGAAGGGAUAUGUCUCUAAGCACCUCGAAAACGAAGGCGAUGAUGUUAGAAUUGAUUGGGAGACUUCGCCUCCAGAAAAGGUGAAGUGCAUGCCCAACUACCAGCACCAAUCUUUUAGGGCCUGGGACGAGGGAUUGUGA